AUGGUUCUUGAUCCUGAUCCAGACAGCGCGCAUCCUGGAUACGAAACAGUCAUCCAUGGAGAGGUGAUUCAGCUUCCGCUGUAUAAAGACUGGAAUACAGCCGCAUCGAAGUAUGAGGAACAUACCUCGGGUCUAGCCGAGCGCUACGCGAGCAUCGCAGAGACCGGAAAGGGUGCCGCCGAGGUCAUACGGCGCCUUGCGCUCCCGUGGAGUCGGUGGAAUUAUUGCGCCAUCAAAAACUUCUGGUACAAAAAUCCUUCGGCGUUCCCUGACGAAAUCAGGCAGUUGAUCAUGUAUGGAAUUGGAGGCGACCCCGACACUUUUAGCGUCUCCCUCCUUCAUUUCCGAGAGAGGAUCAAAAGGUUCAGGGAUUCAACCCCUCCGGAGCAGGUCCUCGAACUUUUGGAAAACUGUGUCCGAGAGAAGACAUCCUGGUCCGAGCAGGACCUCGCCCUCGACACUGCAGUCUCCAGCCUUCCCCUUGCAUCGCGUAUCAGCAUAGACGUUGCAGUCAUGAAAGGAAACUAUCAGCUCUUUCUUGUCGCCAUCACGAAUGCGUUUCCGAUCCCGGAGGACCAGUUCGACUACCAUUUGCGUCGCUAUCAUGCUCUCCGAUUCGCAUACUCACACAUCCAUCAACUCAUAAGGCAUUAUAGAGAUCGAACAUCGCCUCGGCAAGCCACCAUCCCGCAUAUGUUCCUCGAUUACGCUUGGCUUAUGUACACCGUCAUCCUGCGCUUUCUAUACCAUAGCCGCACGUUCGACCCCGAAAACCACCUUAAGGAUCGCACACUGUACGGCUGGACGACGGGCAUCCUCUGGAAGCUUGACCAUGCCUGUCGCAAGUUCCGAGAGGGCUUGCGAACCUUGAAAGAUGAUCACUCCUACGAGCCUGGCGAUGAAGUAUACGAUAACAGGAUGGGAGCUAUUCAGGAUUUCAAAGAUUAUACCGAGACUGAAGCCCUGGAAGAGAGGGCAGACAGCAGCACGGACUUUUUCAAGGACUUGUUGGAGACGAGCGAAACGCUCGAUGUUUCUCCCGAGUUCAUAAUCUGCUUGCGCGAUCUUCAUGAGCAACUGAGAGAGGCUGGCCUUGCGGCGGAUAUCCUGCGCAGCUUACCUCACUCAGCAGACCCGACAUUCUUGGGCAUGGAACUGGACGGUGAUGGGAAGGAGGAGGAAGAUAUUCGAAACCUGUACGACAGGAUGAGGUACCUUGUCGACGUGAGGGAGUAUGCGAGCUGCGAAGAGCACGGCGGUAUCGGAGACUGGUAA